UCCCUUUUGGUUAUAUUUUGAUGGGUUGGAGCUACCUACAAAGAGGAGGCCCAAUUUUAAAGAUAUCUUCUCAACCACAUCUCUCUCUCUCUCUCUCUCUCUCUCUCUCUCUCUCUCUCUCUCUCUCUCUCACACACACACACACAGAGACAGGGAGACACACACAGUCGCUUCUUAAACUUCUUUACUACUUGUACGAAAUGGGUUGUCUUUUGUUUUGGUAUAUUUGUACUCAAGUGUGUGGAUUCUUGUGUUGAAUCAUCUUGUAGAGUUGGCUAUACUUGCAAAACUCUCUUGGAGAAGAAGUUUGCUAACUGUCAGGUUUGAGCUUUUUCACUUUUAAUUUUUUGGUUACAUCUAUCUAAUCUAACUUAUUCUUUGAUUCAUCAACCUUUUGUAAUUACACUACAAUUUAAGUAAGGUAAAAACAAAAGCUUUUAGUAAUCUAAAUUCUAAUCAUUUGUUUCUUAUUCAUUUCUUCUUCUUUCUAUAGGGUUUCUUAAUUAUCUCUCAGAUCUAUAUUACAUGGUUUUUGAGGAUGCAAAAAAAGUUGUUAUGAUAUGAUCAAUCUGUCUGUUUGUUUGUUUGUUAUCAGUUAAUCUGUAAUAUAUGAAAAGAACAAAGAACAAAGAAAUAUUCAGUUCAUUUAAUAAGUGAGAUAGAGAGAGAGAGAAACAUGAAAGGCAUCUUUUUGGAUGACAAUAUGUCAAAUUUAACAUCUGCAUCAAAUGAAGCAAGUCUAUCUUCAUCAAGCAACAGGAAUGAAAUUGGUACUAUGUACCCUCCACCACAGAUGCAGCAGCAGUCCUUCGGUUCUGUGCCAAUCAGUACCAACAACAACAACCAAACUCAAACAAACAAGAAAAAGCGGAAUCUUCCAGGCAAUCCAGAUCCAGAAGCUGAGGUGGUAGCUUUAUCUCCAAAAUCACUUAUGGCAACAAACAGAUUCAUGUGUGAGAUUUGCAACAAAGGGUUUCAAAGAGACCAGAAUCUACAGUUACAUAGAAGAGGGCAUAAUCUACCAUGGAAACUUAAGCAAAAAUCGAAACUAGAGGUGAUUAGGAAGAAGGUGUAUGUGUGUCCCGAACCGAGUUGUGUGCACCAUGACCCGUCAAGGGCACUUGGAGAUCUUACUGGAAUCAAGAAGCAUUUCUCAAGAAAACAUGGUGAGAAAAAAUGGAAGUGUGACAAGUGUUCGAAGCGUUACGCGGUUCAAUCGGAUUGGAAAGCUCAUUCCAAGAUCUGUGGUACACGAGAAUAUCGUUGUGAUUGUGGUACCCUUUUUUCAAGGAGGGACAGUUUCAUUACUCAUAGAGCUUUCUGUGAUGCAUUAGCAGAAGAAACUGGAAGAUUUUCAUCAUCAACUUUAAACAAUCUCCCUCUUCAUUUACCCAUCAAUUUCCCACUCAAAACUGAACCACAACUUGUCCUACAACACCCACAACUUAGCUUCAAUGUAGGAUCUAGUACUCCACAUCAUAACCAUCAAUUACCAUCAUGGUUAAAUCCCACUCAUCAACAACAGCAACAACAAGAAGAAAACCCUAAUCUUGAUCACAAUAUACAUCUUCCAUCUCCUUCAUCUCACAUGUCAGCCACUGCUUUGCUUCAAAAAGCAGCUCAAAUGGGUGUCACCAUGAGCAAUCCUACACCACCUUCCACUGCUAAUACUCCUGCAAUAAUUUUAACCGGGUCCCACCAAACCCUACAGCAUGAUCACAUGUGUGCACCUCUACUAUCAUCUCAUCAUCAUCCUUCUGGACUAUCUAAUUUGUCUUCAAGUGAUAAUCAUCAUGUGAUGUUGGAACCAAGCCGCGGGUUUCCUACUGGCACCACUAGUUGCAUGGACCAGCUGCUUCAUCCUAGCUCAAUGACUUCUACAAGUGUAGGGUCAACCAACAUCCAUGAGAUCUUAAACAUGUUCAAUUCAUCAAAGAAAGACAAUGCAAAUGGGAACAAUAAUGAAUUAACAAGAGAUUUUCUGGGCCUUCAAGGAUUUCCAAAUCCUACUGAUCAACAACAGUUUCUCAACAUGUCUGGUCUUGAUCACAUGAGUCAGUUGAACCCGAACCAUAAUCAGAACCAAGUUCCAUGGCAAGGUUAGCUAGUUUGGAUGAUAGGGACGAACUAAGUACACACCAUAUAUGGUGUACUUUUAGCUCUUUUUUUCUGCUACUUUUUGCUUUUAAAUUUGUUUCUAGUGAUGAACCCCGAACCCAGUUUUCCAUUUUGAUGGUUCCGGAUUAAUGGAGAUUUCUGAAAGCUAUGAAUGCUUCUAGUAUUUUAAGUA